CAGUGGAAUUAGGAGACCUGUUCCAAUUCCAGAUUACUAGUUUCCAUAUUUCAAUUGUCCAGUUCAGACCGUCUAUGGGCCUGAUUUUAUCCGCUGGAAUCCAACAAUAAAACACGGAGACAAACAACUUCUUUACCUUAAAUCCUAGAUUUCAUAAUAAUCAAUUUACAUUUAGCAAAUCUAUCAUUAAAUUAGAUCAACCGGAUUCCAAUUAUUACGUAAUUGUCGACAGAUCAUUCUUUCCCGAUCCAAAUCACUUGUUUUUUUUUAUCCUUAAUAUUAUUUGAUUUACGCUCCACCGCUCCUUAAGCUCUCCGAACCACUUGUGCAAUAUAUGUUCACGAAUAAUUUUUAAAUUUUCACCCGUUUUGCGGAAAUCAAAGAAUUUUUAGGUUGAAUCUUUUGUUUAAUGGUUGGCAUUCUAUUUUACGGGUCAAUUGGAGCUUAAUGUGUUUUCCAAAGGAGCUGUUUAAUUUAGAAAGAAAGCCAUGGCUUCAGUUUCUGUUAAAGAACAGCUGAGAACGGCCUAUCCAAAGACCCUUACAUCGAUUGUAGCUUCAGUGGGAGGCCUUGCAUUAUUCUUAAUUCUUGCUUCAACCAUAUUGGUCUCCCAACCCAUUGGGUCCACAGUUCGUGGGUAUUUCUACGGUGUUGAUCGCUCCAGAAAGAUUGACUCACUAUUAACCCUUAAGGAACAGUUUUCUUCAGUAUCUACCCUUAAUGAAUCGGUUUCUGGAUUUAAUUCUCAGUAUGAUGGUGGUGGAUCUAUAAGAGUAGGUGGGGCUGAUGGCCAAGAUACUCCGGUUGACAAAAAACAGAACCCCGAUUCUCAAGAUAAGAGUGAAUUGUCAGGUUCGAGGCAAAAGGAAUCCAAGAAUCUGAAGGAUGAGUCACUGCAUUCUAAUAUAAAGCAGCAAGAGACUGGCAAUAAAACUUCGGCUUUGCCCAAAGUUACAGAGCAUGAUGAAAAUGCCCCAUCCAAUAAUACACGUGAAGAAUUGAAGGAUGCUGUGAUAUCUCCUACUGCCACCAACAGGAAUCAGUCUGAUGUAGUUGAUUCAGGAUGCGAUCUUUACCAUGGAAAGUGGAUUUAUGAAUCAACUGGACCAUUGUACACAAAUAAUUCCUGCCCUAUCAUCACUCAGAUGCAAAAUUGCCAGGGAAAUGGAAGACCUGACAAAGAUUACGAGAAUUGGAGAUGGAAACCUUCUCAGUGUGACCUCCCUAGGUUUGAAGCAAAGAAGUUCCUGGAGUUAAUGAGAGGAAAGACAUUAGCUUUCAUUGGCGAUUCAGUAGCUCGAAAUCAGAUGGAAGCACUGCUGUGCAUCCUUUGGCAGGUUGAGGUUCCGAAAAAUAGAGGAAAUAAAAGAAUGCAACGUUAUUAUUUCAGAUCUACAUCUACAAUGAUUGUUCGCAUAUGGUCGUCCUGGCUCAUUCACCAAACAUCUGAGCCAUUUGAUUUUGCUCCCGCUGGCGUGGUCAAGCUCCACCUUGAUGCACCUGAUGAAGUUUUCAUGCAAUACAUUAUGGAUUUUGAUGUGAUAGUCCUCUCCUCUGGCCACUGGUUUGCAAAGCAGUCAGUUUAUAUAUUGAACAAUGAGAUCGUGGGAGGACAAUUGUGGUGGCCAGACAAGUCUAGAAAAAAGAAGAUUGACAACAUUGAAGCUUUUGGAAUAUCCAUCGAAACAAUUGUUACUGCAUUAGUCACACAUCGGAAUUACACUGGUCUAACAAUCGUUCGUAGCUUUUCACCUGAUCAUUAUGAGGGUGGAGCCUGGAACACUGGAGGAUCGUGCACUGGAAAGGUCAGGCCUGCCUUGGAUAGUGAAUUAGUUGAGAAUGGUUUUACCAAUAUAAUGCACGAGAAGCAAGUGACAGGGUUUAAUCGUGCUAUGAAGAAAAAGACAAACAAAUCGAAAAUGAAACUAAUGGAUAUAACAGAAGCAUUUUCACAUCGCCAUGAUGGACAUCCCGGUCCAUAUCGAAGCCCGGAUCCAAAUAAAAUCACUAAAAGGGGCCCAGAUGGUAGGCCCCCGCCCCAGGAUUGCUUGCACUGGUGCAUGCCAGGUCCAGUUGAUACGUGGAAUGAACUGGUGCUUGAAGUUGUAAGGAGAGAAUUUGAGGACAGACAAAAUAUUGCUUCAUGAGAGUCACUCAUCUUGUUACUAAACUAUCCUAUGUUUCUUUAAUUUAUAUAGUACUUUGCACUUAAUUUUGGAACAUGUGGAUGGAAUGAGGGUUAGUAGUUUUUACUCUCAAACAUCUUAUAUAGAGAUACUGGAACAGGUCUAGUUUGUGAAUUACAAGGUUAUUCUUUACCUCAGUUGUAACAACUCACAAGAAUAUAAGUUAUUUGUUAAUCGGUUGUUGAUUUAUCUAA